AAGGACGAUUCGAGGACAAUCUACAUGUAUCACUUUACCACUUGGCCCGACCAUGGUGUUCCUUCUGCCCCAGCUCUCUUGAGCUUCUGGAAACAAGUCAAGAAAAACGCGUCACAGACAAAUGGACCAAUCACUGUGCACUGCAGUGCUGGUAUUGGAAGAACUGGGACCUUCAUUGGACUUGACAGUCUGGUAGACGAGGCGAGGGACACUAAAAGUGUCAACGUCUUUGAGUGUGUCAGGAAGAUGCGAGAUAACAGAAUCAACAUGGUACAGACCCCGGAACAGUAUCAAUUCCUUCACGAGGUUCUUCUUGAAGCAAUAUCGUGCCGUGAGACUCUUUAUACAGUGGCAUCAUUCAAGGAACAAUUUACUGAAACCAAAACCCUAAGCCCAAAAGAAAAUGCUCGCUUGAAACAAGAGUUUAAAGACAUUACAAGCCUUAAGAAGCCUGUGUCCCAAAGGGACAUCGACACCGCCCAUCUUCCGGAAAACAAGGAGAAGAAUCGCAAUCAAAACAUUGUUCCAGCGUCUUCGCAUCGUCCGUACCUCUCUACUCAUAUUAAAGGUACCAAUGACUACAUAAACGCAGUCAGUUUGCCUAGCUGUAAGAAUAAAGAUGGCUUUCUGGUGACACAGAUGCCUUUGGAGCUCACAGUGAUAGACUUCUGGAGAAUGGUAUACGAGAUGGAGUGUACUACAAUAGUGUCCUUGACCUCACCUGAUGCUUUAGCGACAUCACAGGAUAUUGGUAUAUAUUGGCCAGAAUACGGCGAAUCCAUGACUGUUGGUCCUUUCACGGUCCAAAACAAGACCACGAUCACCGAGACUACCAGUUCAAACAUCACUGAGCUAAGCCUUGUUUUGGGUAAAGAGGAUCAGCUAAUAUAUGAAAACCAGGACACAAGGAACAUCGAAAUGUUCAUGCUGAACAACUGGUUGAUGGACGAUCGUUUGCCUCUAGACAAGUACGAACUGCUCAUGUUUCUAGACAAAUUGGAACGACGUCGAGAUGAGAUCGGAGAAAAACCAGUUGUGGUCCAGUGCAUUGAUGGCGCUAAGCAUAGUGGACUGUUCUGUGUUUUGUCUAACAUCAUCAGCAAACUGAAACUCGACGACGAUGUCGACAUCUUCGUCACCGUCAGAGAACUGCAGUGUAUUCGACCUCAGAUUGUUGAAUCAUUCAAACAGUAUCAGUACUGCUACGAGGUCGUCAAGGAAUAUAUGAACAGUCUGGAAAUAUAUGGCAACUUGUAAUAUCUCCAUUCAACACAAAAAUUCGGCAUACUUACUGAUAGAUAGGUGACACGGAUUAUUGACAUGACUGUACAGUUUACUUAUAGAUAGGUGGCAGAGGCUUUACAUACGACUAUAUUUUUCUUAUUAUAAUAGUUUAGCUAUAGGUAAAAUAUGUAAAGGUCAUCAUGCAUUUUGCAUGGGGCUGUCAAAAGGUUUGUAGAGCGAGAUACUGAAAGAGAUGACAGAUCUAAUGAUUGUACAUUACUUUUCAAUAUGAUCGUCAUUGACCUCAAUGUGUUUGGCUCAGUCAUCAUUCAAGCUGCUGAUGCUAGCAAAAUAGACAUCUUCUAGUGGGACAUUCGAAACCAUUUGUGCAGCCUUCAGAUUUUUAUCUUCUUCAAACCGGGUACCACGAAGGAGGGCGUCAGUUUCCGGAAAAGAUCAUUAUCAAUCAAAUGCGUGACUAAAUUUGAUGACGCUCCUCUGUUCCUAGUUGGAUGAAUUCACGGUUUCAUGAAGAUAGUAACCGUUAAGUAAGAAUAUGUACAUUUUUUUUUACAAACAGAGACUCGUGUUAUUGGUAGGGGAGUUAAUGGAUGAAUAAACGUUCUGAAAAACGCAAACGUAUGAUGAAGUGUCGUCAUUUGGUAUCUAGUUCUACGACCUUAUUGGAUUACCUUUCAUUGCUAAUGAUAAAAAGUAAUGGUAAACAAAUAGAUAUUGCUGAAUCAACAAUCAUUUGUAUGCAUUUAUUUGUUAAUGUACACGGAUCCUUUCUGUUUAUUUUGUUAUCUAAACACUUCUUUUUUGUUACCUGUUAUGAGAACAAUAUGUUGUUGAUGUAUGAUAUUUUAUAAAAACAUGUAUAUGAAUUAACACGUUUAUAAAGAUGUAAAACAAAUACAUUGCUGAAUCAACAAUCAUUUGCAUGCAUAUAUUAGUUAAUGCACAAACUAUUUUGAUACAAUCUUCCUGUCAGUUAUUAUUGUAUUAUCCAAACACUUGUUUUCUGUAGUUAUAAUGUUUUGUGCGUAAUCAAGACGUUCGUGUGAAGCAUAUGUUGUUAAAGUAUGAUAUUUCAUAAAACAUCUAUUAAUAUUGACCAAAUAAUAUAAAGGUGUAAGGAUAAACACAAGCCAUUGUUUUUUUCAAAAAUCACUUGUAUGCAUGAACUAUUUGGUGCAAAGACUAUUUUGAUAUAAUUUUCCGUUCCAUUUUUUUGUAUUAUCUAGAAACAUUUUCUGUAGGUACGAAUUUGUGUGUGCAUAACAUGUUUGGAAUUAUUGAAAUCCGAGUUUGAUUGUUAACACUUAUGUGAACAUGUUGUCAAGGAAUGCUAUCUUACACAAUUAACCAAAUGAUAUAAAUAUUGUAUAACCCUGUGUAUAUAUAUAUAUAUUAACCAAAUUGUAUAAAUCGUAUAUAAACACGUGUAUAAAUUAAUCAGGUGAAAUUGCUGUCAUGAAAUAAUACAUUUUUAAUCAACAAUCAACAACUGGUUUUGUCUUAAGUAUUAAUUUUCAGAAAAAAAAAAUCUACAUGUGUAGUUUAAAAACAAUCUAAAGAAAAGCAGUUUUUAUUCUAAAUAUUUGAAUUUUCAUCAAUUAUAAUACGCUUGUGGUCUACAGAGUUAGAGACGAAACAGCGAACUAAGGCUCCACAUAUGAAGUAGAUGUAUCUUAACAGUGAAAUCUAUAUAAUUGAUAUAUUGUUGAAAUAAUAAAAUAUUCAUUACAUCUGCAUUUUAUGGAUCGAUUCAUCUGGUCAAUUUAUUCACGUUCCCUAUUGUUUAUGUUAAACAUUUAUAUACAAGGCAGUGUGGAAGCUAUCAACCAACUUGGAGAGGAAUAUUUGCAAUGUUUUUGUUUUUGUUUUAGUAUUACUUGUAAUAAAGAAUCUGCCUUAGCUAAGGCAACACAGAUGUCUUCAAAUUCAUGAUUGAUCAGCUGAGUCAAGCAGUCAAAUGGCAUUGACAAAAUAGCACCAAUAGAUAACACAAUACAUUGAAGCUGAUGAUGAUGAUAAAUAUAGUGCAGAGAUACGAUUUUGAUAUUGUAAUACGGUUUUGAGACUUCCUAACAGGCGCACCGGCCUCGGUGGCGUCGUGGUUAGGCCAUCGGUCUACAGGCUGGUAGGUAAGGGUUCGGAUCCCAGUCGAGGCAUGGGAUUUUUAAUCCAGAUACCGACUCCAAACCCUGAGUGAGUGCU